AUGCAAAUGGGAAGCAUGCUGAAAUUGGUGCUCGUUGUUUUGUUGGCCUUUCUAGUUCAGUACGUCUUUAAGACACUGUAAGUUUUGUUUUUAACUAGAGAAUAGAGAACAGCAUUUAUUUAUCACUCAGGUUGAUGUUCGAUAUAAACAAAAGAACGUACAACCACAGGCCGGGAGAGUGCAGGAAAGUGGAAGGGCCUGUGCACGGAUCGGAGGACAUCGCCGUCGUCGAAGAGAAGAACGUCGCAUUCGUCACCUCCGGCAUCGUCUAUUUGAAUCCGGAUCCGACGCACGCCACAUGGAAGGGACAAGUGUUUUUAUACGAUUUGACGAAGAGAACGUACAAAGCAGAGUCGCUGCCCAUUCUCAAUUUGGAAGAGCCGGACUCAUUCUAUCCGCACGGCAUUUCCCAUUGGAUUCUGAAGGAUGGGUCCGUCCGUCUCUUCAUUGUGAACCACUCGGGAUCAUUCGAACAUUCCAUUGUGAUUCUUGAUUUCGAUGAAGCGAAGAGACAGUUGAAGCACGUUCGGACUGUGAAAAACGAGAAAUUUGUCCGUCCGAAUGACCUAGUCGCCACCGGGGAGAACUCAUUUCUGCUGUCAAAUGAUGGAGGGGCUCAGACGAGAUUGGGAAACGCUCUGGAAAUGUUCACCGGGAUUCACAAGGGAGGGAUCGUGUACUUUGAUGGAACGGUUCGGAAUAGUCGAAUUUAGGAUGAUCGGCUUUGUUUCAGAAUUCCAAAUAUCUUCUAGAGAAUGACGUUGCGAACGGAAUAAUUCUCUCGCGAGAUCGGAAGACUCUGUUCGUUUCCCACAUAAACCAGGAGACAAUCGGAGUCUUCGAAUGGGAUCAGAAGAACGUGGCGAUCCGAAAAAUCUCCGAAAUUGAAACUCUCACAGGCUGUGAUAACUUUUACAUUGACCAGAAAAACCAUUUGUGGUCGGUGAGUAUCAGCACUUUCCCCGCAAAAACUCUCCCUCUCCAAUUCGUUUCAGGGCUGUCAUCCAGUGCUCAAAGACGCUGUCGCCCACAUCGCCGACUACACAAACCCGUCCCUUCAUUCGCAAUCGCAAGUGCUCCGCUUCAAGUUCUCCUCCGAUCUGAAAACGGCCGAAAUGGUUGAAGUGUACUCGGACGACGGCAGAUUCACGAGUGCGAGUGCCGUCGCGACGCCCUUCGAUGACGGAAAACAACUGUUGAUCGGAACGGUUUUCCGCGAUUUGACCCAUUGUGAUAUUGUGGUGCCACUUGAUUUUUGA